CAAGGGGGAGGUGGGGCGGCCGAUGCGCAAAAGCAGCCUUUUAAAAGUUAAAGCGAUGCGGCUAAUUAGACUGGGCUGUCACAGACGUCGCACAGCUGAAAAGGUGCUGAUUUGCUUUGUUAGUUUAGGCGCGCUGAGUAUUGAUUCGCUGAACUCCUUGAAAAGGAUGGAGGGGGAUGCUUGCCAUCCCCAUAGAAAAUCGUUGGCAACACUGCCUAUAAUGUCCUAUUGUAAAUUGUGUGACAUUAUCGAUUACAAGCAUCUUAAAUGAUCGCUGUCGGGCGUUCAUCAAUGGAAAUAGUGCAGUCGGGCAAACACACAACAAUCGUAUGCUUUGGUUUGCAAAAAAAUAUUUAUUUUGUUUUCAAAAAUCGUUGAUUCGAGGCUAAUAUUUUCUGAUAUACCUGACCAAUUAGUAAAUUCGUACUGUGCAACUAUUCUGAUUAUCAAAAUAGGCUACACGCGUUCACAGUGAUCAAUUUUUUUCUAAAACUUGAAAGUCCUAGCCUAUAUCUUUUUUCCGUGGCCAAGUUCUCAAACUAAGGAACACCUUGCCAGGGCCACAGCUGUCUCUGUCCGCGUUUUUCUCUUUUGUUUUGAAAUGGAGGGAGAAACACAAAGGCCCUGCAACAAAAACCCGUCUCGGGUCAAUUUAUUUUGGCGGGUUACUCGUCUUUUAAUCUAUAAAGUCUACUUGUUUUAUAUAUAAAUGUACCAGGGGAAAUAUGUUAUAAUUUAUGACAACUACGUUUUGUCAAUCAGCAUAUCCGUUUAAAACCUUAAAACGAUUUAACUAAAAUGUUGCAUUGGACAAUGCCAUAGGCCUACGCUACAGUGGUGCGCUGAGUGAAUUCAUAAGGUAUGUUUUCUUAAGCCCUAAUAGACUACAUUAUGUAAAAAUGCGUUACAGGAAGAAUCGGUCAUAAAAUACUUGAAUAUUGGCACAUUGCUGUUUUGUGAUGUCUGUAUCUCACCGAUAUCAUGAGAUCUUAAACUCAUUCUGCUCCCUUAUUUAGCGCUUAACAUUUGUUGCACUUAAGCUAUACGUACAGAAGCCUAAUACAUGUAGUGUUCUCUAUGGAUUUACAUCACUUUAUCAACCAUCAGUCUCCAACAAUAACAGACAGGCACAUAGCCUACUUACGCGGGCUAGUUUCACGUUAAUAUGUAAACGAAUCCAGAAUUGGCUACCUAAUACAAAAAAUGCAAUUACGAAUUACAGGACCGAGUAUGUAAAAUUUACGCCCCCUCGCCAAAUUUAUUAGAAUUCUGCUUUGGUGGUCAGUCAUUUAAUGAACUGAUCUGCGUGACAAACCACACCCCUGGUACCCGUCUCUGUCCCGUCAGUGGUUUAAGGUUACUGUUCUCCCCAUUCCAAUUGGACGAAGUCAUUCUGUGUACCACACUAAAACUCCCGUCGCCUCUAACCACCAUUCACAACAGUUGUCAGUGUGGUAGGGGAGGGUGAUGGAGGAGUUAAGCAUGUAGAUUCUACGAAUCUUACUCAAACGCGACUGCUCAGUCCGUCAGUUGUAGGUGGGAUAGUGGUAGUUCACUAGGCAACAGUCGAAUUAUGGAAUUUGUCGAUCUUUCUGUCGCUGGAUAAAAUUAAAAAGAAGUCACGCUUUUUUGCCAAAGGAAAAACUACAGGAGAUAGGAGCGGUUAAAACAUUACCGUUUUUUUACUCGUUGCUACUACGUCAAUUCGUUUAAAAAUGCCUCCCUUUCGGGUAUACAUCGCGUGGAUCCAACUUUGGCUGAUUUUUGACACGGCUUUUUCCAGCUACUCAGAAGACCAAUGCAGCUGGAGAGGAAGCGGGCUGUCCCAGCCGCCGGGCAGCGUGGAGCAGAUCGCGCUCCGCUGCUCGGAGGGCUCGCUGGACUGGCUCUACCCGAAGGGGGCGCUGCGGCUCGCGCUGUCCCCCCGGCUGCCCUCCCCCGCAGCGGGGCCCAGAGGGGCUGGCCCCGGGGGCCACAUCACUGCCUGCAUCAGGCCCGCUGAGAGCUUCGGGGGGGCCCAGCUGUACCUGGAGCGCGGCGGGGUCCUGGAGCUCCUGGCGGGGGACCGGCCCGACCCCGCCCGCCCCCCCGGGGUGCUCUGCGUCCACCGGCGGCCCGAGGAGGGCGUGACCCUCUUCCUGCAGGCCACGCCCCAUCAGGACAUCAGCCGGCGAAUCGCGGCCUUCCGCUACGAGCUGCGCGGGGACUGGGGCACGCGGCCAGCCCUGACCUCUGACCCCGUCAGCGGCGGAGGUGCCUGUAGGCCCUGCAAUGACACAGAAAUACUGAUGGCCGUCUGCACCAGUGACUUUGUGGUGCGCGGGACCAUUCGUUCGGUGUCGGACGACCGGGACCUCCAGACCUCGGUCAUCCGGGUGGCGGCCUCGCGGGUGUUCCGGCAGAAGCGCGUGCUGUUCUCGGGCGCGGGGCGCCUGGCGAAGGCCGGCGAGGUCCGCACGCCGCUGAGCUGCGGCGUCCGGCCCGGCCCCGGCAGCUUCCUGUUCACCGGCCGGGUCCGCUUCGGCGAGGCGUGGCUGGGCUGCGCGCCGCGCUACAGGGACUUCCGCCGGGCCUAUGACCUGGCCGAGGGGGCGGGGCGUAUCCCCUGCGAGCUGCCGUCUGACUGAGGCCACGCCCCUCGCCUGCCAGACCAGGUCUGCCACCGUCCCUCCAGUCCCGGGGACGGGCGUCGCUCGGGGCCGGACGGGCCCUCCCGUGGGCUCAGGCACCGUGGGCCCCGCCGUUUUGGGUCCUGUGUGACCUUUCACCCCAGCUGCCGUAACAGCCCCUCAGUCCCUGCAUCCUCAGGGAGAUCCAGGAGCUGUGUCCUGGGUGGAGUAGUGUCUGACAGCUGAAGAACAUUCCGGGCCAAGCAGUCGAUGACCCAGCGUUCCGUUCGCUGUGAUUGGUCCAGCCUUUAGUCUGCUGUGGGGGAGACGGGCAGGCCCGUGGCUGAAAGGCACCUGCCAAUGCUGGACAGAGCAGACUCAACAAGGACUGUGCUGCCCUGUGUGGUCAUUACAUCAUUAGAUUUUCAUCACCGUAAGGGAUUACAAAAAAUACUCAGGAAAGUAAUGACUUACCUCUUUCUUGCGUUUGUGGAACCUGCGAUAUAAUAUAAAAUAUAAAAUAAAAUUGGUCAGCUGUCAGUGAAUCAAGGUUGGUUGAAUGAAUAGAACUGAUCCAUAGAUUUAUUUUUUUCAUCAUUUUCAUUGUUCUUGAAGUAUUGACGGUGUCCUAAAAGAUAAAAAUGUGUACGUUAUAAGCAUCUCACUCCCCCGUUUAUUUGUUGGUUGGUCCUGUCUCAGGCAAAGGACCAUGGGUAAGAUGGGAAGGUUCCACUCAGAGGAAAUGGGGGAGCCAAGCUUUUAAGAUUUUGACUUGCACUGCUGAGGAAAAGGGAACUUGUAGGAAAUAUCUAUGAUCCAAGCACUGAGAAAUUUGGAAACCAAAUGAAAAAAAUGAUAUGAUGUUGCCUAUAUGUGGGGAUGAGUACACAGAAUUUAAUAUAUUACUAUGGUGACACCAAAGCUAGCUUUGCUAGUUUCCAUGGGCAGACUGUCUUAAAUUUUAUAUGACAAGGUCUGUUAUUCUGGUAACCAUACAUGUUUUUAUUUUUACUGAACACAGGGUUGCACUUUUUCUUGAUGACCCUGUAUAAAUAAAGCUAUAUCAGUUUUUAAUAAAUGUUUGUAUUGUACGUACUUCAGGUAUUAUGUGUAUCUAGACCUAGCAGUUAAUCUUGUUGAACCAGUCUGUCUUUACCAAGAAAUCUUUCUCUGCAGGAUGGCUCUGUUAUCUUCAGGAAAGGUAUUUUUUAUUUGUUUGUUUGCUGUAAUUUUCUGACUUUAAAUAUCUAUGUUGGCCAUAAUUGCCAAGCAUGUCUCUGAGUUGCUUCCCAGAGUUUCCUGUUCUCAUGCAGACAGGAAGUGCUGGAGGUCACAUGACCUAUUUCUAAGCUUAUCCGAUGUGCCCAAGAUGACGUGUUCUUGUGUACUUGUCUAAUGUGUUCUAAUGUAUAAUUUUGGCCAUUAAUAAUGACCACUGAAUUCCACGCUAUUGUAUUUCUUUAUGUUUUAACAGAUAUAAGCUGAAAAUGACAGUGAUUUUGCCUUGUUUGGGAACUUUUGAUGGAGUCCAACGGAGGUCUUUGGCCUGUGUUCAAUCUUAUUGCAGCAUUCUAUAUUCUAUGAUCUUUAAAAAAAACAAUUUGAGCGAUUGUUUCAUUUUUUGACUCUUAUGCAACUUUUUUUUUUUUUUUUUUUUGUUUCAUUUUUUGACUCUUAUGCAACUUUUUUUUUUUUUUAAACUUUUUUUUGUUGUCACGAUGUUCAUGUUUUGUAAGUGUGAAAAGAAACACAGCACAAGCUUAACUUUGUUAGUCAUCGUUAUGGAAAGAUUGAAUUUAGGCCACAAAAGGAAUGCUGCUGUUCUGGUUGCACAUUUUAGUAAGAGUUUAUUUAGUAUUGAGUUUACUGUUCCAUAUCUGUAAAGUCCACCGCGUUUAUGUAAGGACAUCAAAUUAAAGUGUGUUCUAGUUGUGUGUGAAAGAGCUCUAUACUGCCAGUUUUACUUCCGUUUAAAUGUUUAUCAAUGUUAAUAUUUGUGUAUAUUGCUCAUGUCAAAGGGCUUGAGCAAAAAUAUGCCAGGAAAAGCAACACAUAAUGUGAACAGCUGUAUGUGAACAAAAUAUAUAACAUCUAAAUAUGAAA